UUUUAGUUACACACCCUUAUUGUCACUUUCUUGCUCCCAAAAUCUGGUCCUGCAAGCCUUGGUCCUCACCCUAUCCAGUUGAGCAGGUCUUUGCAAAGUUAAGAGCGAAGAGCCAAGGAACGUUCUGUCAUUUCAGCACAGAUCUCAGAAAAGCUACACUCACAAGCCCCAACUGGACUGUAUUAGCCUACUGUGAGAGAGGAACCAAACAGAAGGAGACCAAGAGUAGAAGAACGAGGGGGAGGGAGAUGCGUGCCAUCAGCCUGGCACUGCCAUUGGCAGCAUGGCUCUUCAGUUCAGCAUUGGCAGCUAACAAUCUAGAAGAACAGAAUCCCUUUAUUGAACAACAACACUCAACAUAUUUCUACUCCUGCGCAUUCAAUGGGCAAAACCUAUUUGAAGGAAAUUCUGUAAACUUACCAUGCAGCAACUGCUCCUGUGUUAAUGGAAAGAUGUCCUGCUUGAAAAAUCUCUUCUGCAAAGGUGUAUGCUCUGUGACUGGCUCUCUGAUUGGGCGUACGUUUGAUGACACUACUUUUCAGGUUUUUGGGCCUUGUCAGUACAUCUUGGUAAAAACUGAACAGUUUACCAUUUUUCUGAACAGCAUGCCCUGCCUGACGAAUGAAAAAGCAGUCUGUAUUCAGUCUGUGGUUUUCACAGUUCCUGGCAGCAUCACCUUGACGAUAUGGAAUAAUGGAAGUGUAACAUCCUCAGCAGGAGAAGUGACCAUGCCUUACCUGAUGGAAAACUACCUAACUGUGAAGAAGGUGACCUCAGACUUCUUAGAACUUACAUCUACUUUUGGAGUUAUCAUCCAAUAUGAUCCGGAGGGGAACAGGGUCUAUACUAUUCUUGAUUCAUCCUAUGGUGGAAACACUAAAGGUCUAUGUGGAAACUAUGAUCAUAACAAGAACAAUGAGCUAAUGACCCCCAGUGGUAUGCUAGAAACCCAUUCAUAUUACUUCGUUCAGUCAUGGAAAGUUUCAUCAGCAUGUACAGAUAUAGUUAAAAACGAAAUUACUGUUGCUGAUCCAGCAUGGAUAACAGCAGAACAAGAAUGUCAGAAACUUAAGAGUUCAGUUUUUAAGGAUUGUGAAUCUGUGGUUGACCCAUAUCAAUAUGUGGAAAACUGCAAACUGAGCAUCUACAACAAAGGCAAUGACGAAAAAACCCUGUGCUCAAUCCUUAUCGAUUACGCUGACCAAUGCUUGCGAAAUGAGAUUAACACACAGGUCUACGAAGCAUUCCCUGAGUGUGCUUCCCAAUGCACAGACCCAAAUGCUGUAUUUGUAUCUGAUGGCAGUCUUGCCCAGAGUGACUGUCGAUCACUUUCAGACAACCUAGUUAUCGAGUAUGCUACUGAAUUCUUCCCACCUGGAUGCAUCUGCUCAGAAAAUUACUAUUAUGACUCCCUGACAAACAGCUGUGUCACUGCAGAUAAUUGUCCAUGUUAUGUUGGCACAAAGACCUUCAAUCCAGGAGAAGAAAUCACUGAGGGCUGCAUUUGUAAAGCAGCAGCUUCUUGCAUUUCUCAAUCAAUGAGCGCCGACAUCGCCAUGUAUGGUGAGUGCCCUGAAAAUGAGAUCUUCAUAAGUUGCAUGGAUGACAAAAAGGGCAAGAACUGUGAAGCCAGUUGUGGUAACCUAGAGAUGGUAGGCCAAGUGUGUGGAGGCACAUGUGAGCCAGGCUGUGUGUGCACAUUUGGCUAUGUAAGGAACAAUGUGGGGUCCUGUGUUCCCAUCAGCGAGUGUCCCUGCUCAUUCAAAGAUGAUCUUUAUUUCCCUGGAGAGAGUAUUUUGGUGGAUUGCAACACAUGCACUUGUUCCAAUGGAAAAUUUACAUGCACAGACAAUGUGUGCAGUGCUAUUUGUAAUGCUUAUGCAGAGUCCCAGUUCCUCACGUUUGACAUGUUCUGGGAAAAGUUUCCACCAGUGCAAUGUGAAAUCAUACUCACCCAGGGGCAGUAUAACCAGAACACAAAUUUUGAGGUCACAGUUCAGAGCAGCGGUUGCACAGAAUAUGGAAAUGCAGUCUGCAGAAAGCAAGUGAAAGUUAAUUUUGGACAAACAGAAGUGGUAAUUUUAGGAUCAGAAGUCACAGUGGUGAAUAAAGACAACAAAUUUUUGCCAAACAUCUAUGAUGCUGGAUUUUACACAGUUGUGGAGUUUAUCCAAGGAAUCACAGUUUACUAUGAUGCUCAUCUUGAUGUGAUCAUUCAGAUUCGACCAAACCUGAGGGGUGGACUGUCUGGUAUGUGUGGAGAUGCAGAUGGUAGUACAGUGCAAGAGGCCGCCUAUGGAAAUAUGAUAUCUUAUGGUUUGAGCAAUACCAUUGGAGAGUGCAUACUUUCAAGUGUCUCACCCAGUAAUGUGUCUGAGAAACUCAUGAAAUACAUAGAAAGCAGAUGUAGCAUCUUGAAGAGUGAUGUAUUUGCCUCAUGCCACUCUGAGGUGCCAGUAAAGAACUACUACCUGUCGUGUGUGGAGGAGACAGUAGAAUGCCAUGAUGGUGAUGCCUGCCUUUGCUUCUGCUCCUCAGUGGCUGCAUAUGCAAGAGCAUGCUGCCGCAAGGGUAUUGCCAUAGACUGGAGAACUCCAGACAUGUGCCCUGCUCCUUGUGAAUACUUCAACAGAGAGCUGGGAAAAGGACCAUUUAUUCUGCAAAAUCCUAACAACAAUGUCAUCGUUGCCAGUAUCAACACAGGAGUGGUUUCAAUGGUGCCCUAUGACCCGAAUAGCAUAAUUAGCCAAAGCUUCAUGAUCACAGAAGGGCUCUACAAAGAUCCUUAUAGCCCCAAGAGACUGGUCUCAUUAGAAUCAGUGCAGCACCCAAAUUACUUUAUUGUUUACAAUGAUGAUGGCACUGUUGCUCUGAAGAAGUGGCAGUCUGCAUCCAGCUUCCGUCUUCAUAGCACCUUUGUGUUCCGCCAGGAUCGCUGGAUAAAGGUUAUGACGCCUAUGAGUCAUAUGUUUCUCGAGGCUACUACCUCAGUAGUCGACCAGACGGUACUGUUAAAGUCAGCAAGUUUAUGUCUGGGAUGAACAACUUCAUGAGCUUCAAAGCCAGUGUACAAUCUCUUGGUCUGCCAUCUAGCAAGCUAUGCACAUGGAGCUACCAGCCGUGUAGCUCUCCAUGCAUUAAGACCUGCCGGGACCCAGAUGGCACUGCAUGUACACUGGAUGUAAAGGUUGAAGGCUGCUACCCUCAGUGUGCUCCAGACAGGCUCUUUGAUGAAGUUACUCACCGCUGUGUCUACAAAGAGGACUGUUAUGUACCACCAGUGACAACUGCACCUCCAUCAACAACAACUAAACUCUCUUCAACAACCACUCCAUCUUUAACAACAGUUUCCCAAGAAACGCCUCCUGUGACAUUUACAACUCCUCCAAUGUCAUUAACCACUCCUCUAUGUGACAAAAGAAAUUGUCCACCAGUGUUGGAAUGUGAAAAUCCUAAACAUGUCAAAAUGACUAUUAAAGACAAAAAUGGCUGUUGUGAUAUUGUACAGUGUGUGCCCACCAGUGGUCCUGAAAUAUCAACAACACCAAUCCUGGGAACAAGCAGUGUAACCACUACACAGCCCAGUACAGCAUAUGAAAACUCUGGAGAAAGUGAAAUGACAACUAUAAACCCAGACCAACCAGGAAUGACUGUAAUAGAUACCACUGAGAUUGAAAAACCAUCAAGAUCAAGUACUGCAGCUAGUACCAUUACACAGUUUGCUUCAACAUUUGAAUCAUCUACUGACACAGGCUCUGGUGAAAGUGAAACAACAUUUUUUCACACAACUCUCCCAAGCAUGACAAAGGUGGAGACAACAACAUUUACAACAGAAGGUCAGACUACCAUACCUGGACAAACAACUCCGUAUACUACACCAGUCGGUCCAAGUUCAACAACUGGA